AUGGCAUCCCGUCUAGACACUGUCAGUCACCAACGGCCGCCUAAGACCGACCGAUUCACUGUCAUCAACGGCUUGCAGGGGGCGGACGGGGAGAAAGCAGAGGCGGCUGCAGGCACUGAGCCGGCGGGUGAGGCGGUAGCGCCCGUCGCACAGGCGAAGGAGACAAGUGGCAAGCAGGCGGAGGAGAAGGCCGCGAAGGAGGCUAGGGAGGAAGCAGUCGUUUCGGAGAAGGAGACGCGUGCCGAGGCUUCCCCUCCGGAACCAGACGCAAAAGAGGGCACCAAGCAGGCGGGGCAAGCCUCUAAGACAGGUCAACCCUCCAAUAAGAAGCCGUCGUCGCCAACAGCUCGAGUGCUGCAGGCAGAUGCGGCGUGGGGGCAGCGCGUGUGGGGGUCUCUAAUUUCCUCGUGGGGGCGCCAAUCAUUGAUGGAUGAAGAGACGGACCGGAAUUAG